CUUAAACAUUGACUUCCACGAAGACCUAGUAAACACAUUUCAGUACUAGUGCGUGCAAGUGUAAUCCGAAAACAUGCGCUUUUUGACAGUGAGCUCUACACUUGCACUAUGCUGCCUCUUGAGUGCGGCCAACGCAAGACAACUGGCAAAGCGUGACGCUCCUCUUGUCGGUGGUGGUCCAUCCAAUAACUACUUACCACCAUCCUCUAGCUACGGUGCGCCAUCAGCUGGAAACGGAGGUGGUUUUGGAGGUGGAGCAGGUGGCGGUGGUGGAUUCGGAGGAUCAGCUCCAUCCGGUUCCUAUGGUGCCCCCUCGCCAAGCUACAGUGCUCCAUCUCAAUCUUACGGUGCCCCAUCCAACGGUGGUGGAUUCGGUGGCGGACACGGAGGUAACGGAGGCGGAUUCGGAGGUGGUUUCGGAGGAAACGGCGGACACGGUGGAAACGGUGGUGGUUUUGGAGGUUCACCAUCCCAGUCGUAUGGUGCUCCUUCAGCUCCAUCCAGUUCAUACGGUGCCCCAUCUGCCCCAUCCAGCAGUUAUGGCGCUCCAUCAUCUGGUUCCUUUGGUGGGGGUUCAUCUUUCGGUGGCAGUUCUUUCGGUGGUGGUGCACCAUCUAGCUCUUAUGGUGCUCCAUCUCCCUCUUACAAUGCUCCUGCUCCAUCUUCCUCGUAUGGUGCCCCAGCUCCACAACCGCCAUCCUCCUCUUACGGCGCUCCCGCACCUGCUCCACCAUCCUCCUCUUACGGUGCUCCCGCACCGGCUCCGCCAUCCUCUUCCUAUGGCGCUCCUUCCAGAGGACCAAGCUCCAACUACUUACCCCCAUCCACUAGUUACGGAACCCCCGCUGCUCCAGCUCCAGCCCCACGCCCAUCAUCAUCUUACGGUGCUCCAUCAAGACCUAGCUCUAGCUACGGCGCCCCAUCAAAUGGAGGUGGAAACGGUCACGGCGGUAACGGCGGUAACGGAGGAUCUUCCUACAGUAGUCGUCCAUCAUCUAGCUACAGUGCCCCAUCUAGACCAAGCCAAUCUUAUGGAGCACCAUCAAGACCCAGCUCUUCAUAUGGCGCCCCAUCGAACGGAAACGGUCACGGAGGCAACGGCGGUGGACACGGAGGCAAUGGAGGUUCUUCCUACAGCAGCCGCCCAUCUUCCUCCUACGGAGCACCAUCUAACGGAGGUGGUUCAUCCUACAGCAGCCGCCCAUCCUCUUCUUAUGGAGCCCCUUCGAACGGAGGUGGUUCUUCCAUCUAUGCCUCUAACGGAGGAUACAGCAGCGGUGGACCAUCUGGCGGUUUCGGUGGAUCCAGCUCCUUCGGAUCUUCAGGAUCAUUCGGCGGUUCCAGUAGCUACAGCGGAUCUUUCGAUGGUGGCAGACCUUCCUCGAGCUACGGGGCUCCAGCUCCAGCCCCAGCACCAGCUCCAUCUCAAAGCUAUGGUGCGCCAUCCAACGGUGGACAGGGAUACGCUAGUAACGGAGGAUACACCUAUUAAGAAGAUGGAAGCAAACAACUUGUAUAUAUUAGAUUAUUUAUUUAUUAGUACUUCCGCAGUAUUAUAUACUUUUUCUAAUUUUUAUAAAUAAAACCAGCUAUUUUAAUAUACAAA